UUCAUGCUCAGACAUAAACCCCUCUACUUGUUCGAACGCCUUCCCUCCUCCUCUCUUCCAUUUUGUUCUUUCUCUUCUUCUAACUACCUUAACCGCCAUCUCGAUUCUUUCCUCUCUGACCAACUUCCAACUUUGCAGCAUCUCUCUCAGUCCCACGCUCUCCUUGUAUCGUCUGGAAACUCAAACAACAUCUUCAUUGCCGCAAAGCUUAUCUCUCUCUAUGCGUCUCUCUCCAAACCCACGUUCUCCACCAAAUUAUUUGCUUCAGUUUCUCCCAAAGAUACCUUUCUUUGGAACUCCAUAAUCAAAACCCAUUUCUCAAAUGCCAAUUACUCGAAAGCCCUCGAUUUCUUUUUUCAAAUGCGGGGUUUGGGUUUUUCUCCUAACCAAUUUACUCUUCCGAUGGUGGUUGCCUCGUGCGCCGAGUUGAUGUUGCUUGACCAUGGUAACAGUGGGUUGGCUAAGAAACUCGGGAACUUCGCGGGUAAUUCGGCAGUUGGGUCUUCUUUUGUGUAUAUAUAUUCAAAGUGUAGUCGAAUGGAGAAUGCAUCUCUUAUGUUUGAUGAAAUUACUGUGAGAGAUGUGGUUUGUUGGACGCGCUUAUAAUUGGGUAUGUGCAGAAUGAUGAGAGCGAGAAGGGUUUGGAGUAUCUUUGUGAGAUGCAUAGGGUUGGUGGCAUUGGUGAGAGGCCAAAUUUCAGAACGUUAGAAGUUGGGCUUCAAGCUUGUGGGGACCUGGUUGCUUUCGUAGAAGGUAGAUGCUUGCAUGGUUUUGUAGCGAAAAGUGGGACUGGGUGUUCUGGAGAUGUUAAAUCUUUGCUUUUGUCCAUGUAUUCCAGAUGCGGGACACCUGAAGAAUCUUAUCUUUCAUUUUGUGAUGUAGAAAAUAAAGAUGUUAUAUCUUGGACGUCAGUUAUUGGUGUUUAUGCUAGAUCUGGGUUAAUGACUGAAUGCUUAAGUUUGUUUCGGGAUAUGCAGGAUAGUGAUAUAUAUCCAGAUGAAAUUGUUGUCAGUUGCGUGCUUUCAGGGUUUAGAAAUUCAUCCAAUGUCAAUGAAGGUAAGGCCUUCGUAGGAUUAGUCAUGAGGCAAAAUUAUGCAUUGAGUCACAAUAUUCAUAGUGAACUACUGUCCCUGUACUGCAAAUUUGAGUUGUUGACACUUUCAGAGAAGCUCUUUAGCGGAAUGCAGCACCAGAACAAAGAGUCUUGUAACACUAUGCUUUAUGGCUAUGACGGGAGCAAUCCAUCUUGGCUGAUCACUUCAUUGCUUUAUAAUUAAGGUUUCUAUGGAUGAAAAUGUCUCAGUAGCCAAGACACUCAUAGACAUGUAUGGAAAAAUUGGUUAUUUGACCAUUGCAAGUAGAAUUUUUUCUGGGACACAGAAGGAUAUUAUAACAUGGAACUCAUUGAUCUCAUCUCACACUCACAAUGGACAUUAUUUUGAGGCCAUAGCCCUAUUUCAUAAGAUGAUUGCAGAAAACUUCAUGCCCAACUCAUCAACAUUGGUAACAGUGCUUUCAGCUUGCUCUCAUCUCGCAUCUCCGGAAGAAGGAAAAAAGGUUCAUUGUUACAUUAAGGAAAGACAUCUUGAGAUCAAUUUAUCCCUUGCCACUGCAUUAGUUGAUAUGUAUGCAAAAUGUGGGCAACUUGAGAAAUCAAGAGAAUUGUUCAACUCAAUGGAAGAUAGGGAUGUCAUUUCUUGGAAUGUGAUGAUCUCAGGUUAUGCAACACAUGGACUUGCAGAAUCUGCAAUAAAACUUUUCCGCGAGAUGGAAGAUUUAAAUGUUAAACCAAAUGAACUCAUCUUUCUCGCUCUCCUCUCAGCCUGUAAUCACUCAGGGCUGGUUGAAGAAGGGAAAUAUCUGUUUCGUAGAAUGCAAGAUCUUUCCUUACAACCACAUUUGAAGCACUAUGCUUGUAUGGUAGGUAUUCUUGGCAGGUCAGGUAAACUGCAAGAAGCGGAAGAUUUGGUUCUGUCAAUGCCCAUUUCUCCUGAUGGUGGUGUGUGGGGAUCAUUGUUAGGUGCCUGCAAGAUUCACAAUGAAAUUGAGUUGGGUGUCAGGGUUGCAAGGCAUGCUAUAAAAUCUGAUCCAGAAAAUGAUGGCUACUAUAUUAUGCUUUCGAACUUGUAUAAUUCCAUUGGGAUGUGGGAGGCAGCUAUAAAUGUGAGAAAAACGAUGGAGGACAGGAGCAUCAGAAAGACAAAGGGUUGGAGUGUUGUCUAACUUGUGUAGUUAAGAGAAACGGAAAUCAGUUUAUAAAAGGAGUAAUCAGGAUCUACUGCAUUCACUUACAGAAAAGGAAAAAGUUUGAUCCUGUGUCCCGAGUUUCAGUCCACCACCAGCAAAAACGAGGCCAUGACCACUACUGAACUAAUUUUGAGGUGAGAGUGCAGAACUAGUGAUCAUAAAGAACGCAGGGCAUGCUAUAAAUGCAGAGAACCCCAAAGAGAUGUGCAAGCACAUGAAGGCUUUCCUCAUCGAUCCACUCCCUAAACCGAAACAAGAAAACCACAGCAACGGCCACAAGAUGGAUUGAGAUACCAAGAAAAGGUGAAGGCUAAUCAAGAUGAUCAUUUUCUGACAUUAUUGGAUAUGAGUUUCUGUAUUGUGGAUUAUAUGUGCGAGUUGAAUUUUGUACUAGAAGUUAUUUUGUUUGUUUAGAAAGCAGAAGACUAUACAUCACCGCCCAAAAUGUCAUUUGGUCCAUCACGGUAGAACAAUGAUUGGUUUUGCAAGAA